GCCGUGCCUGGGCGGGGCCUAGCCUGAGGGCAAAGCGCGGGACGGACGAAAGGACCAGCCCGCGGGGUCGUUCGCGCGCUGAAGCUAGCGGAGGGCACCGGCUUCUGAGGAAAGCAAAAGUUAAAAAGGCCUUCAACAUUACAAGUAUACCAGAGGGAAGUGAAAAAAAGUCUAAAGAUGAAGGUAUUUCAGACCAUCUGUAGACAGCUUCAAAGUUCAAAGAGGUUUUUUGUAGAAGCAGCCCCCCGUGUUGUUUUCUCCACUUCCUCUUAUUUGCGUGGCCGGAAGAAAAGAGUGAACCCUUAUGAACAAGUGGACCAGGAAAAAUACUCUGAUUUGGUCAGGUCUGUCUUGUCAUUCAGAGGCCAUGCUCGGACUCCACAGACUCUGUUCGAGGAAGAUGCUUUACUCUAUGGACCGGUGAGUAAGAGUAAGGCCCCAAAGCAAGAAGAAGAAGCAGGAGUUCCACAAAACUGGUUUCCUCUGUUCAAUCCAGAGAAAAGCAUAAAACCAGACCCAGCAAGGGAUCCUCCAGUUCCUCUGAAAAUCCCUUUGCAAAGGAAUUCGAUACCAAGUGUGACCCGAGUCCUGCAGCAGACCAUGACGUCAGAACAGACUUUCUACCUGGAGAAGUGGAGGCAGCGCAUGAUUCUGGAACUGGGAGAGGAUGGCUUUGCUGAAUAUACUUCAAACAUGUUUUUACAAGGGAAGCAAUUUCAUGGAGCCUUGGAAAGCAUACUUUCACCCCAGGGGAACUUAAAAGAGAGAGAUGAAAGUCUCCUUGAAUCUGGCUACGUCCAAAGUGUGCAGCAUGUUUUGAAAGACAUCAGUGGAGUGCGGGCCCUGGAAAGUGCGGUUAAACAUGAGACCUUACAGUAUGUGGGUCUUCUGGACUGUGUGGCUGAUUAUCAGGGCAAGCUUUGUGUGAUUGAUUGGAAGACAUCAGAGAAGCCAAAGCCUUUCAUCCGAAACACAUUUGACAACCCACUGCAAGUUGUGGCAUAUGUCGGUGCUGUGAACCACGACGCCAACUACAGCUUUCAGGUUCAGUGCGGCUUGAUCGUGGUGGCCUACAAAAACGGGUCCCCUGCCCACCCACAUUUCAUGGACGCCGAGCUCUGCUCCCAGUACUGGGCAAAGUGGCUUCUUCGACUGGAAGAAUAUACAAAGAAGGAAAAGAGCCAGAAUAUCCAGAAACUAGAUUAGGGGCAGGAAGCCUCAUGGGAACAGGAAGUGCUUGAUCACAGUCGGGAAGUUGUGUCGCUGUUUGCUGUGAUCUGAGAUCAGGUGCCAUAGGGUCUGAGAGCUGCAUCAACACAGGCGCAACCAGUAACUUGUUGGAAUUAUUGCAACUAAAAAGGUGAAGCCAGAAAAGUUAAAAUCAAAGAACUGGACUCGUGCCCAUAAAAGACCAGCUCUGCUACCUCUGGCUGGCAUUUUCCUGAAUAAGGGGCAGGCAGCACUGGACUGGCACAGUGUUGGUGACUCUCAGACCUUCUGUGUCCAGGGCAGGACAUUCAGUCUUCGCACUGAGACAUUCAGGGUGGUGAGGUUUGGUGUGCCAAGUGCUUUCCUGGGGCACACCGUGGGGAUGGGGCCACACACCCCCAGGGUGUGUGUGUAGUGAGAAUUCCUAUCAGCUAACUGCUUCAGCCAGUGGAGGUUCCUAAAUCAUGCCUUAGGUUUUGGGGUUCCCUGUAUUUCAUAUGAGGAAGAAAGCAUCUAUUUACCAUUUUUAAAGAAUAAACGUGAUCUCUUAGCCUCCAGUAAACAUUGCUCUCUGGAAAGAUGGUGCACACUCCCCGUAUCGUUGCAUUGCCCCUUGGCCUUCUUCCAGGUAAUUCUCAGAAGUGGCUGGGCCUUCUCUGAGAAUCAUACUUCUGGGUAUUUUGGUAGCUAUCUUCUGGUUUCAGUCAAGGAACCGUGUACAUGGAGAAAAUUGUUUAUGGAAUUUUCCAGCUACGGGGAAUAAUAAUGACAUGUUUUGGUUUCUUUUUUUCUGUGAUCAGUGAUAAAAUUGAUUAGUAGUCACUGGGUUUGGGAAACCUAAAUAAACGCCCACUACCGCCCUGAGGGAUGGCUCCCUGUUUCAUGGAGUAGGUUAGCACUUAAGUUACAGUUGCUAUCUUAAAAUAGUAGGUGCUACAAUCACUUUUUGCUUUCAUUAGCCAUUAAUUAUAAGAAAUAAAAGAUGAAGUAAAGGCUUUUGGUUUUGCUUUUUAUUUAAA